AAUUAGAGUGGAAAGACAGACCCUGGCCUCUUAUAUAUUCAUUCUCAGCCAUUGCGCAAGAAGAGAGAGAGAGAGAGAAGGAUGGAGAAGAAGAGGGUGGGCAUAGUGGGGGCGGGCAUCAGUGGUCUGGUGGCGUGCAAGAACGCGUUGGAGAAAGGCUUCUUGCCGACCGUCUUCGAGGCCGAGGCCGGCAUGGGGGGAGUAUGGGCGCGCACGCUGGACUCCACGAAGCUCCAGUCGCCGCGGCCGAUCUACGAGUUCACGGACUUCCCGUGGCCCGCAAGCGUGACGGAGGAGUCCCCGGACCACCGGCAGAUCAUGGAGUACCUGAGCUCGUACGCCAGCCACUUCGACCUCCUUAGAUACAUCGAGUUCAAGGCGCGGGUGGUGGAAGUCGAGUACGUCGGGGCAAAGGAGGAGGAGAUCAUGGCGUGGGAGCUGUGGGCCGGAGACGGCACGGCGUUUGGCGGCGGCGGGAGGGGGGAGUGGCACGUGUCAGUGCAGAACGGGGAGGAUGGUUCCACAGAGACAUACCAGGUGGAUUUUUUGAUCCUUUGCGUUGGGCGAUUCAGCGGCACACCGAAUAUCCCCACAUUUCCGGCAGGCAAGGGUCCUGAAGCGUUUGAUGGAAAGGUGAUGCACUCCAGGGACUACUCCAAUAUGGGCAGCGCUCGCGCCGCUGAACUCGUCAAAGGAAAACGAGUCACGGUGGUAGGAUUCCUAAAGUCGGCUUUGGACAUUAUAGCAGAGUGCGCGAAUGCAAAUGGGGUGGAGCAUCCAUGCACUGUGAUAUGUAGGACUAAGCGUUGGAAUAUGGAUGGCUUCUCUGUUUGGGGAAUCCCUAUAGCUUACUUCUAUUUCAGUCGAUUCUCGGAGCUCCUUGUUCACAAGCCUGGUGAAGGACUUCUGCUUUGUUUAUUGGCCAUGCUGCUGUCGCCUCUUAGAUGGCUGUUCUCUAAAUUUUGUGAGAGCUACUAUAGAUGGGCAAUUCCUAUGAAGAAGUAUGGCAUGGUGCCGGAGCAUAGUUUCUUCCAAGCAAUGGUUUCUUGUUUGGUUGCAAUACUGCCGGACAAGUUCUAUGAUAGAGUGGAGGAAGGGAGCAUUGUUCUAAAGCCAACAAAAUCCUUUAGCUUCUGUAAGAAUGGGGUGAUCAUCGAAGGUGAAGCAACACCUAUAGAGACUGAUAUACUGAUCUUUGCCACUGGAUUCAAGGCUGAUCAGAAGCUUAGAGACAUCUUUACGUCACCUUUCUUUCAAAAGAUUGUAGCCGGUUCAUCAACUACGACGGUCCCUCUCUAUAGGGAGUGCAUCCACCCCCGGAUUCCACAAUUGGCAAUCGUUGGUUACUCGGAGAGCUUUACAAACUUACAUACAUCGGAGUUGAGAUCUAAGUGGCUGUUUCAUUUCCUCGACGGCGGUUUUCGACUGCCUAGCAUAAGAGAAAUGGAAAAGAAUGUGGUAGAAUGGGAGAAGUUCAUGAGGCGAUAUUCUCGUGAGUAUUACCGGCGAUCGAGUAUCGGAACUCUCCACAUUUGGUACAAUGAUCAGUUGUGCCGAGACAUGGGAUGCAACCCAAGAAGGAAGAAGGGGUUCUUGGCUGACUUGUUCCUUCCUUAUGGACCUACAGAUUACGCGGAUCUUCACCCUACAAAAUAAGUGUUUUCUGCCAUGACACAUGCAUGGUGUGGCCUUGUUCUCGAGGUGAUCAAAGGUCCUAGUUCUAUUAAUGUAAUGUGGUUAGGCUUCAGACAUGGUCUGAUUUCCUGUUAUUGUAUCUAUCUAUUAUCAAAUAUGCAUGUAUGUUGAAGCUGCCCACAUGCACUGGAAGCCGACAUGUGAAACUUACUGAGGAAUGCAUCCCAACCAAUUCCUGCUACUCUGGGAUGAUUAACUUAGCUUCUUUAAAUCAAAAACAGAUUCGCCUCAUGUUCUGUUUGGGCAAUACAGCAAGAUUUGUGGAUUCAGCAAUCUAUUUGGGAUUUGAUAAGUUGAUAAGUUACCACAUAUGCCAAGAACUAGUUUAUUAUAUA